AUGCUUAAAGAGCCUAAUUACACUGGUACUGAAAUUUCAGCCCCUUUGGUCGGUCAUUCUGGCUUACUUUCCUCCAUUGACCUCCUUAAUGGGAUGAACUAUUCCUCAUGGAUUGAGCAAAUUAAAAUAGCACUUGGAGUGAUGGAACUAGACUUUGCAUUAAGGGUUGAUCGCCCUCCUCCCUUAACCGAUAAAUCUACGGUUGAGGAAAAACGUGUUACCGAUMAGUGGGAACGAUCAAACCGCAUGUCUCUAAUGAUCAUCAAGAACUCCAUUUCCUUGGCCAUUCGUGGAGCAAUCCCUGAUUCUGAAACGGCAAAAGGAUAUCUUAACUCGGUUGAGGAGCAAUUCAAAGGCACCUCUAAAGCCCGUGCUAGUACACUUAUCCUUAAAAUGCUCACAACUAAGUACGAUGGAGUUAGUGGCGUACGUGAACACAUAUUGAUAAUGAAUGACAUGGCCGACAAACUUAAAAGUAUGGACAUGGAAAUAUCCGUGGCUUCUUAG